GUGCUCUGAAGGACCAUGCUCAAGCUGGGCAGUCCUUGGCUGUGCUGGAACAUGGUAAGGCAGAAACCGUGGAGCUCUCUUACUCAGAUUUGAGAAGUAAUGUGCAGGCAAUCUCUGCCAGCAUCAGGGCUCUCCUGAGCAAGAAGUCGGAUGCACUGCCGAGGCAUGUGGCAUUUUUUGUUCACCCAUCUGCUGCGUACGUCGUCACUGAGCUCUCCAUCUGGGCAGCAGAUGGCGUUUGUGUGCCGCUGUCAGUUCAUUCGCCAGUACCAGAGCUUGAAUACUUCGUGAAGGACAGCGAGAGUUGCCUUUGUUUGUCAGAUGCUUCGGGCGCACCGAAGAUGAAGGAAGUGGCUGGGAAGCUGUCCAGACCCUUUGCUGAAAUUUCAAAGGCGACCGAGUCUUCCAAAGCAUAUCGACUGUUGGUCGAUGGAGGUCCUGUUUCGCCUGCCGAGCAGCCCGGCUGCUUUUCUUGCUUCUGCGGCUUGUUCUCUUCACGAAGUGAUGUCUUGUCGCAGAAUGCGCUGAUUUUGUACACAUCAGGAACGACCGGACAGCCAAAAGGCGUUGUUCACACGUUCAAUAGUCUCACCGCACAAAUGCGGUCUCUCAGUGAGGCAUGGAAGUGGUCUUCCAAAGACCGAACUCUGCACGUCCUCCCCCUCCACCAUAUUCAUGGUGUUCAGAACAUCCUGAACACGGCACUUUUCAACGGAGCAGCUGUCGAGUUGACGGCAUUCGAUGCUGCUUUCUGCCUGAAGCGCCUCGCCUCCGGAGAUAUCACCUGCUUCCAUGCGGUGCCAACAGUGUAUGUCAAGUUUACACAAUACUUGGAUUCACUCCCUGCUGAUGCAAGACAAGCGAUCUGCAGUGGGCUCCGGAACGACUCUAUGCGGUACAUGGUAUCCGGCUCAGCAGCUUUACCCGUGCCGACCAUGAAGUCUUGGGCAGAAAUCUCUGGCCACGUCCUUCUUGAGCGGUACGGCAUGACGGAAAUCGGCAUGGCAUUGAGCAAUCGGGUAGCUGGCACUCGGUAUCCAGGGUGUGUGGGCUGGCCGCUGCCAGGGGUGGAGGUCAAGCAGGAUCAGGAAGGUGGCAUCCUUGUCAAAGGUGCAGCGGUUUUCAAGGAGUACUACAAGAGACAGGAGGCAACGGCCAAGGAGUUCACCGAGGAUGGAUUCUUCAGGACCGGUGACAACGCAGCGAGAGGAGGAAGCGUGGAAGAGUGUCAGGCUAUGCAGGACGAUGCGUGCGAGGUCGAGGCUUCUACUGGCAGGCCACGUGCAGAUACGACCACUGCUCCGGAGCCUGCGCUGGCUGCGAUUUACAGAAUUCUAGGCCGCACUUCUGUGGACAUCAUCAAGAGUGGUGGCUACAAGAUUUCGGGCUUAGAAAUUGAGAGCGUACUGCUGCAGCACGACAAGAUUCGAGAAUGCGCAGUUGUAGGGAAGCCUGACGAGACAUGGGGCGAGAAGGUGACUGCAGUUUGCGUGCUGCAGAGUGGUGCCGCGUUGACCAUCAAGGAGCUUAGAGAAUGGGGCAAAGAGCGGAUGGCAUCUUACAAGGUGCCUCAAGAGUUGGAGAUUGUGACCGAGCUGCCACGAAAUCAAAUGGGCAAACUGGAGAAAAAGAAGAUUCUUCAGAGGUACGGUGCCAAGUGA